GAGAAAGGCGUUAUCUCAGUGAUGGCCACACACCUGAUUCCCUCAAUCUCUUCUCGCCACGUGUCCUACGAAACUUCCAUUUGCAAUCAGAUAGCCCAUCCCUGCCUACAUAAUCUCUCUCUUUCUCUCUCCUAUAUCGUUUUCGUAUAUAUCCGUUGCCUCUCUGUUUCUGACUCACUCCUCCUCGAACCCAACAAUCUUAUAAUUAUCCUUUCAUAACCCAAGUCACCACCACCCGUAAAGCUUAUAUUUUAUGGUACUUUUGUAGUAUUAGUUUAGGGGGACGCAGAAAUGGAUCACGCAGCCGAUGCUUACCGGACCGAUUUGAUGACCAUAACUAGGUUUGUUCUGAACGAGCAAUCAAAGCAUCCGGAUUCGCGUGGGGAUUUCACUAUUUUGCUUAGUCAUAUUGUUCUUGGAUGCAAAUUCGUUUGCACUGCUGUUAACAAGGCGGGUCUUGCCAAGCUUAUUGGACUUGCUGGGGAGACAAAUGUUCAGGGUGAAGAGCAAAAGAAGUUGGAUGUGCUUUCAAAUGAAGUUUUCGUCAAGGCCUUAGUAAGCAGUGGGCGAACAUGCAUCCUUGUAUCGGAGGAAGAUGAGGAAGCAACAUUUGUGGAGCCUGCCAAGCGUGGAAAGUACUGUGUUGUUUUCGAUCCGUUGGAUGGAUCCUCUAACAUUGACUGUGGUGUUUCCAUUGGAACGAUCUUUGGGAUUUACAUGGUGAAACAUGGCCAUGAUCCAACUCUAGAUGAUGUCUUGCAACCUGGGAAAAAUAUGUUAGCAGCUGGUUAUUGCAUGUAUGGAAGCUCUUGCACGCUUGUAUUGAGCACUGGAGGUGGUGUGAAUGGGUUCACCCUUGAUCCAUCCCUGGGGGAGUUCAUACUGACACAUCCUGAUAUUAGAAUUCCAAAGAAAGGAAAGAUUUAUUCAGUAAAUGAAGGAAAUGCAAAGAACUGGGAUGGCCCAACAGCUAAGUAUGUGGAGAAAUGCAAGUUCCCUAAGGAUGGUUCCUCCUCAAAGUCUCUAAGAUACAUUGGAAGCAUGGUCGCUGAUGUCCAUCGCACAUUACUUUAUGGAGGGAUAUUUUUGUACCCUGCUGAUAAGAAGAGCCCAAAUGGAAAACUGCGUGUUCUGUAUGAAGUUUUUCCAAUGUCCUUUUUGAUGGAACAAGCGGGAGGUCAGGCUUUCACUGGCAAGCAACGGGCACUUGACUUGAUUCCGCAGAAGAUACAUGAGCGUUCUCCAAUAUUCCUUGGAAGCUAUGAUGAUGUUGAGGAAAUCAAAGCACUCUAUGCUGAAGAAGGGAAGACCGCAUAAAGAACAGUCUCAUAUAGUUCUUACAUAUCAUUGUUGAUUGUAGUAUGGGCUACUCAACUCUCUAUUUCUGAUCAUGUAUUCAUAGGUUAAAAUCCUCUUUCUUAAAUAAGAUGAGAUGUCUAUUGGUUGUAAGCAAGUUGUAGUUUAUAUGUUUGAAUAACGUUCACAUCUUUAUGGUAUUAUGCAUGAAUCAAUCUCUUCAUUCUGUAUAAAGAAAGGUAUUUAAAACAGCA